CCGGUUAAGCAAUGGUCAUUGAUCUAAUGUAAACUUUGAACAUAGCGGAUUCGUCUGCAACAGCAUGAAAGUAGCAUGAAAAGAAACAGACAGUCAUGCUAAAGAGGCAAUAUUAAUUUUGUUGGUUCGUCCUGCAUGAUAACACACAAGAAUGACAACUUUUACAACUCCUGUCAAUGCCAAUUGUACCGAAGGCUUGAAAAAGAUAUGUCACAACGUUUGUAUAUGUGUUGUUGAAGAUGAUCCGUCAUCCACACAAUGGGGAAUUAUUAUUCCAGCUGUUAUUGCAGGUUUACUCUGUAUUGCUGUGUUAAUUUAUGCGAAUUACAAGUACAAAUACAGCAGACAAUCAGCAUAUGAUCCCGAAAAAUCAUCUCGAGUUAUAGAAGGAAGAAGGAAAGGAGGAGAAAUACGGUUUUACGACAUUGACGGUCGUCAAAUUUCCGAACCAUCAUUAAGAAAAUACGAUGAAUAUCGUGUAUUUGAACAAAGAGUGGUUCCUGCCAGACCUAUGUCGUCUCACAAUUUGAAUAUUGCCAAUGCUGACAAAAAACAAAAUGUUAAUAAAGAAAAUAAUAAAGCCAAUGGCACAGAGAAUGAGCAUAAAAACAGCAAAACUGAGGCAAUUGUAGAAAAUGAAGUCCACGAAAAAGACCUCCAACACCAACAACGAAUAGAAAAAUUUGACAUAAUUAUGGAUGAUAUGGAAGUUAAUGAUCAAAUUGGAACAAAAAAGAAAGAGGAAAACAAUAAUAAAGAUAAAGACCCAUGAAAUGUCACCUAUAUUAGCAUAUAUAUGCGUGGAACAAACGAUCGUUCUCUUUUAAUAUAAAGUUGGGGGGGGCGAUUGUAAAAGGUGGAUGGGUUUGUCCAAGAUAUUCGAGAAUUCCGUAAAUCUAUAAUUUGCUUUGUUAGUUUUAUGAAACAUUUUGUUUCCAAUAGUUUCAGUUAUUGUUAAGGUUUCAACCUGAUUUGUUAUUUCCUUCUAUUUUGAAAGUUUCAACACUUUUGAAGCCCUUGAAAGAAUUUGAAAGAACAUAUGAGAGAAUUUGAUAUCAAAAUAUAUUAUAACUUGCUUCGAUUUUCACACAUGAUUUAAAGUUUAGACACACUAUAAAGAAAAAUAUUAUAUUCAAAUCCCAGAAAUUAAACUAAAGUAUAUGGCAAAAUGUUUUGGAAUCUUGGUCCAAAUUCAAAAACAAUUGGUUGCGUGUAAUUAGGUUUCGAUUACGUAACAAAACGUUGGGUGCGUCAUUUGGUUGAGUUCAACUUAUUCAAAUAUUAAAAAAAUAUAUGAUAACCAUCUGCACUACUGACUGAUCUAAUCAAGAAAGUGUAAGAUGCCCAAAUUGCAUUUAUUUCUGUCUAGUCUAGCGCAUCAAUUGUUUUGAAUAUACAUAUUCUUUUAGUAGCAUAUACAUCUCUUUAGUAGCCUAUACGUCUUGAUUAAAAUACGAUAUAUACAAUCUGAAAUAAAUCGAUGGUUGAUAAUAAUUUAAACCGUUCGUUUUUGUUUCCUUAAUCUUUAAUAGCUUCUGGUUGAUUUCUUUUAAAUAUCUAACAGGUAAUUUCUCAUAUCUUUGUAAGAUGCAAAUCAAAUUUGUGCCAUUGAUAGCUGUAAAAAUUUCUCUGUUGCCGGAAAUACUGUUUACAAAACAAUAGUAUUGCAGAAAACUGCUAUGAAUACGAGGAAGAUUAAAUGUUAUAGUAAAUUUGUAUUGACAUAUUACCUAACAACAUUUA